AUGCUACCGCAGACGCACACGGCCUACAACCACCGCGUCACUCCCGUCUGUUCUAGCAGCUGCAUCGUCAGCCCGUCACCAAGACGGAGUGCUGACACGAGCCCGUUUAUCACGUCUACAGCUGAGCGUGACUGCACUUGGGAGCCCACGCCUUCCAUCUCGGCGUCCGCCUCCGCUGCCGACAAGGGCUCCCCCACGGGCUCUUCCUCAGCGAUCUCCAUCUCAUGGCGGAGGAGCCACGCACCGUCCCGACUGGCCAUCAACUGCGCAUGGCCCAUCGUGCACGCCGCCAGAGGCACGCGGCUCAGCGACACGGCAGCGCCCCCACAACUGCAUAGUAGGUGCGCAUAUGCCACAGGCGCACAAGCAGUUGCGUCUCAACCUCCAGCGCGCGGGGAGCCCCAGCGCCAAGACGGGACAACCGAUCCAACACAAUGCGGCCACCAGGGCGGCGUCGGGCGGGGGAGCACCGCGACCGGGGCUCAGUGGACACCCCUUCCCCCGCCGCUGUCGCCACUGCUGCUGCCUCCCCCCUCGCUGGGUGGUCGUGUGGAUUGGCUGGAGGUACCUGUGGAGGAGGCGCAACUCCCUGGGGCGGCCCCACCGCAGGCGGCUCGCCCCGCGCGCCAAUCCCCGGCUCCACUAGCGGCUGGAACACAGGAGCCCCUCCAGUCGGGGGGACGCGCCACACCCCCGGGACCGCGUGGGGAGGAAGUCGCACCACCAUUGGUGGUUCUAGCGGCGCAAGAGGGAGUGGCUGAGGCAGGAACUCAUGGGGAUGCCGAAGGGACCGCGGGAACACUGCCGGCUCACGAGAGGAGGCUGGGAGCACAUUCGCGGGCGGACCAGCGGGCGGCGGCGGAUGCGGAUGAAGAUCCAGAGGAGGGGGCAGCUGAUCAACCGUGGGUACUACAGGGGCCGUCGGUCUGCCCAGUUCGCCGCUACGCCCGGCGUCAGCGCCAGAAAGAGGGGGCAGGGGACGCGGUGGCGCAGAGGCAACCGGACGGCGUGGACGCGCUCGUGGCACUUCUGGCGGACGGAGAGGUGGUGGCAGCUUCGUCGGGGCUGUGCACAGACUACUAA